UCAAGAUGAGAUUGAGUUUCAGCAGGAAAAAACUAAUAGUAUAAAAUGCAACUAAAAAAAUUUAUGAAGCCCUCUAAAUGUUGCCCACAAAAUUUGUAAAUCAGCCUUCAGAAUGUCUGAAGUGUCCGCUAUGUAAAGAUCUAUUCACAGAUCCAGUUAUUUCUACUCAAUGUGGGCACACUUUUUGCCGCCAAUGCAUCCAAGUUGGAGGAUCGAGUUCAUCUUUAUCAAUUGUAACAAAAUGUCCAUUUGAUGGAAUAGCGCUGAAAUCUUCCAGUCUUGUGUCGAAUCUAGCUGUCAAGGCACAGAUUGAAGACCUGCUUAUUUAUUGCCGACAUGGACUGACUCGGUCAGAUUCAGAAGAGGAUUUUGAGAUUGAUAGAGAUGGUUGUCCUGAGACUAUCACUAUUGGGAAACGAUUUGAACACGAAGAUGAAUGCGAAUGGGGAAUAGUGCCAUGCCCUAACAGCUCCAACCAAUGCGGAAAAUUCAGAAGAAGAGAACUAGAAGAUCAUCUGAAAGUCUGUUCUUAUUACAGAUGUCAAUUCAAUGCUAAAGGAUGCAAAAUCACAGGAACAAAACAGCAAAUUGAUGAACAUAUGAAGACAUGUAGUCACAGGAAUGAUUCUGACAAUAAAACAAAAGCUGUUUCUAGUUUACAGAAUGAGGGUGAGCUUAAAACAACAAUACAAAAACUCACUGAUAGAGUGGCUUGGCUGGAAAAGAAUCAAGAUGCUCUGGUAACACAAGUAGAACACUGUAACAGCACGAUAUCAAGACUAACAGAUAAUGUGGAGGAGCUGUCCUACCAGGUUGAGGUACUUGGAUCGAUGAUGAAGAGAACGUCAUUCUAUCGUGAUCUAUCUGUAUCAUCCAUACCAGAUACCGUUAAUAAUAUCAGUCCUGAUGAGAGUGUACCACAUUCACCACGGAGAAUGAAUCAAAGAAUUCGACCAGCGGUUGUACCAGUUCAACAGGAGAUUUGGCUUAUACCCUGUAUUUUUAAAUGUAUUGGAACACUGAGAGGCCAUCGUGACGUGAUAUGGAGCAUGGUAUCCAAGGGACAUCGUUUGUUUAGCGCCGGAGGAGACAGAGUCAUCAAGGUUUGGAACAUGGAAAAUGUUCGGCUAGCUCGCUGUACUGCAAGCAUGGAAGGUCAUACAAAUGAUAUCCAUACUGUUUGUGCUGGUGGUGGAAGGCUUUACAGUGCUGGAUCUGAUCAAAUGCUGAUAGCCUGGGAUUUGGACACUCUUACACAACACGUCAAAGUCGAGAAUGCUCAUGAUGAUAUCAUAUGUGCAGCAGUUUAUAGUGGUAAAUAUCUCUUCACGUCGUCUCACUCCUGUAUCAAGGUAUGGGAUCCAUCCACAUUGGAACUCGUUCAUACAAUCGAUGGAUUGAACCACUGGGUUAGAGCUCUAGCUUUAGAUGACAAAAGGGAAAAACUCUUUAGCGGAUCACACAACGUGGUUCAUUUCUGGGACGCAACAGGAAAGUUUGACCUGCGCACUAAGAUUGACCAUACGUUUGGUUCUGUUUACUCUCUGGCCGUUACAAAACAGUACUUGAUCGUAGGGACAUAUAAUCAAAAUAUCCAUGUUUACGAUAUAAAUACGCAUCAGCAUAUCAAAGCUCUCACGGGACACUUCGGGACGGUAACGGGACUCGUGCUGUCUGUCUCGGGUCGACUUCUUUUCUCUGCUUCUUAUGACACUACUGUACAGGUUUGGAAUCUGGAGUCAAUGUUGCCAAUGCAAACUCUGUCACGACACGAGGCUAGUGUUAACUGUGUUGUCAUUCACAAGGACUUGCUUCUCUCAGGCUCCCAGGACACUGAGAUUAAGGUUUUUAAGUAUUUCAAGAUGGAGUAAAUCUCUUCGUCACCACGCCUUAAUUUAAGCGCCUUUAUUGCGCACAAGCGAAGGAUCGAUGGAGCAGCAUGUGUGGUAUGAGGGCGGUAUGAGGGUAAAGAACAGAAUAUGGUAUGAUCGGAUGGAUAGUGCUAUCCGACCGAUAAAUCUUAUCCAGUGGAUAAAUGUUUUGGAUAACAGCAUCGAGUUUUCCACUGGAUAAUGAUUUAUCCGUCGGAUAGCGCUAUCCACCCCUCUUACUACCGGGCCAUAAUUAAAUACUAGUUUCCUGAAUAUGACUAAUGGUAUUUCUACGAUGGGCGUUUUCAAAUAUUGUAUUAUUUGAAAUCUUAAUACUAAAUCAUUUUAGCUUCCUCCUCGUACACAUUUUUUAAUUUAGUGAAAUAACACUGGAGUUAGAACAAUAAAAAUCAAAAGAUGAAAAUUUAAGAAAAUAUUGUGAGGACUGAGGUAAUGUUGGGACGCAUGGCAAGGACGGUCUCGAGUAGACUCCUUUUCCUUGGGCUUAACGUCUUCCCAUUUCAGACCACGUGUUAUUUAUUCUCUUAUAUAUUAUUUCUUUGGUUAACGGUCGUUUAUGACAAGACACAUCAAUAUGGAUACGACGCAAACGAAUCCUAUUCCAAGGGGAAUGACGUGUGGUGUGAAAUGAGAAAACAUUACUCCCAAAGCUAAAAGGGUCUCUCCCUAGCAAAGUAAAAUGUCAGUAGUUAAUUUCUAUUUUCGUACGCUUUGCGAUAGUGGCUUCUUUUGGCUUUUCAAAAUCAAUAAAAACAGCUCAAAACUACCAAUAAAGA